AUGGAGAGCAAUGAAGGUUGGGACGUGAAGAAAAGUGUUGAAGACCGACGACCAGCGAGUGCCGGUUUUGAGAUAUCCAACAAUAAUCCCCAUGAGCUUAUUAUCGAAAGAACAGGGACAAUAUGGACUGCAAUUGCGCAUGUGAUAACAGGUGUGAUUGGGGCAGGCGUAUUGUCACUAGCAUGGAGCGUAGCCCAAUUGGGGUGGGUUGCAGGCCCAAUAAUAAUAGUAAUCUUUGCGGCUAUCACGCAAGUUUCUACUCUGCUUGUCUGCGACUGCUAUAGGUCUCCGGACCCUGAAAAUGGCCCGACCCGGAACCGGUCCUUUAUGGAGGCUGUCAAAUUCUACUUGGGUAAAACGAAGCAAAGGAUCUGUGCAAUAUUUGUAUUGCAGAGCUUCUAUGGAUGUGGGAUUGCAUAUACCAUUGUUACGGCUUCGAGUGUUAAGGCCAUUCUAAGGUCAAAUUGUUACCAUGAUGAAGGGAAGGACGCCGAAUGUGAUUAUGGGAACAACAUAUUUAUGCUGAUAUUCGGAUUGACUCAGAUUGUUGUGUCCCAAAUACCAAACUUCCACAACAUGGCGUGGCUUUCUGUUAUUGCUGCAAUUAUGUCCUUUUCCUAUGCGUUCAUUGGAUUCGGGCUCGGCUUUGCUACAGUCGUUGAAAACAGGCAGAUCAUGGGAAGCAUUAGAGGAGUCUAUGCUCCUACAUCUUCUCAGAAAAUGUGGCUUGUUUUUCAAGCACUUGCAGACAUUGCUUUUUCAUACCCAUACACACAAAUUGUCUUGGAAAUUCAGGAUACUCUGCGGUCACCCCCACCUCAAAACCGGACCAUGAAGAAGGCAACAAUUGCUUCGAUACUCAUCACCACUUUCUUCUACCUCUGCUGCGCAUGCUUCGGGUAUGCGGCUUUUGGCGACAGAACGCCCGGGAAUCUCCUCACGGGAUUCGGGUUUUACGAGCCUUAUUGGCUCGUCGAUUUCGCUAAUGCUUGCAUUAUUCUUCAUCUUGUUGGAGGAUAUCAGGUUUAUUCUCAGCCAGUAUUCGCAUAUGCCGAAAGAUGGAUAUCCGGGAAGUACCCCCAAAACAAGUUUAUCAACAAAUUCUACACUUGCCGGCUUCCAAUGCUCCCAUCAUUUAAGCUGAAUAUGCUGAGUUUGUGUUUUCGAACGGUUUAUGUAAUGUCGACAACAGGGCUGGCCAUGCUGUUUCCAUAUUUCAACCAAGUGUUGGGAGUUUUGGGGGCGCUCAACUUUUGGCCUGUCGCUAUAUACUUUCCGGUGGAAAUGUAUUUCGUGCAAUCCAAAACCCGAGCCUGGACAAGAAAAUGGGUUGGUCUUCAGGUGUUCAGUAUGUUCUGUUUGCUUCUUUCGAUUGUGGGGCUAAUUGGGUCUAUUGAGGGGAUAAUGAGGGCUAAAUUGGGGUGA